CAGUUUGCCGAGGUCCAGCCACUCGAGCUCGAUCGGACACAUUCACAGACAACUCAACAAGACUUCAAGUGAGUCUCAAAAAAAGAACUCAAGGACGAGACGCCAAGCCAACAGCAUGCGUCCUCAUCUGAGGUUGGCGCUUAUGUUGCUCCUUUGGGCCUGUUUGCUGGCAGGGGCCCAGGCUAGAGCAGUCUGCAGGGCAUCAGGCGACCCGCACUACAGAACGUUCGACGGCCGCGAACACCACUACCAAGGAAAAUGCAACUACACAUUUGCUAUGGACUGUGGUGUUAGUAACGAUAGUAACGACUUUAACGUGACAACAGAGAAUGUAGGACGCGGUGGAAACCCAAAUUCUGCAGUUUCUCUCGUGCGUCACGUAUACGUAGAGGCACACGGAUUCGUUGUUGGAAUUCACCAACGUAGGAAAGUCAAGGUCAAUGGAGAGCCAUACUCACUUCCCUUCAGCCUGGCGGAUGGUAAGAUCAAAGUCAGGCUAAGUGGAGGCUUUGUCCUGGUUUUCCUGACAACUUACAACGUGCAAGUCGCCUACAAUGGGGUUUCAUUCGUCAAGGUGUACGUUCCGAGUGACUACCGGGGUCGAAUGUGUGGUCUGUGCGGCAACUACAACGGUGACCGAAGCGACGACUUCAUGACACCAGAAGGCUUCAUUGUUCAAGACCUAAACAUUUUUGGGAACAGCUGGUUCGUCAACGUUACCAAUGCGACAUGUCCAAAUCCUCCGGAUGCCCUUUGUACCGACGAAGAACGAGCAGCUGCCGAGGCGGCUUGCUGGGUGCUGAAGGAUGCUACCGGCCCAUUUGCCGUCUGCCACGGCACCGUGGAUCCUGAACCUUCCUUCCAAAACUGUGCCUUUGACAUGUGCCUGUUGGAGCAAACCGACAGUGCACUUUGUCAGAAUCUGGAGAACUACGCCGACGAGUGCCGGGAAGCUGGUGUGGCGCCGUUUCAUUGGCGGACGGAAGACCGCUGUCCUUUCUACUGUCCCUUGGACAGCACGUACUCCAUAUGCACCAGCUCCUGCCCUGCGACCUGCCCGGACCCCACCGCUCCAAAGCAAUGUACGGAAAGCUGUGUAGAAGGCUGUGAGUGCGAUCCUGGCUUCCUCUUUAGUGGACAGCAGUGUGUUCGGGAAGAGGAGUGUGGCUGCAUGAACGAAUACGGGCGUUAUUUCAUGCUGGGAGAAACCUGGAGUGAGUUUGGAUACGCCUGUGAGUGCGAAGAGGGGAACGUCAUCACUUGCGAUGCCGUCACCGGUCCUCCGUCAGUAGAUCAACCCUGCAAUCAGUUUGGUCAAGGCUACAAAUGGGUGCUGAGAGCCGGAGUUUGGGGAUGUUACUGUGUGGAACAUGAAUGCUCUAAUGUGACCGUUUGCUAUGCGUGGGGCGACCCACACUACUACAUGUUCGACGGAGGCGAGCAUCACUUCCAGGGACCAUGCAGGUACACCUUAGCGAAGGACUACGGCACCAGUUGUGACUUCAUCGUUGAAGCACAGAACCAACCGCUCAUUUCGGCGCCACACCUUUCCUUUGUCAGUGAAGUAUACGUGGAAGCAUACGGAUUAACAAUUGGAAUACAUCAAGGAAAAGUCGUUACGGUGGACGGCGUGCUGCACUCGCUACCCUUCAGCAAAUCACUGGACAAGAUCCAGGUCAGCCUGGGUGUACAUUCUGCCCAUGUAUGGCUGGUGAACUACGGCGUAACCGUCUCCUACGAUGGAUUUACCCGUGUCAGGUAUGCUGACAUGGCCCCGAACCAGCUUGAGACACAGGUACGAGACCGUAGUGGCUGGCGGUCGCUAACGAAGCUUGCACAGGAAAACCUCGAAAGGACUCGCAGAACUAACAUUGAAGAGGCCAGGCGCAGACGCAAAGCAGCGGCAGCAGCAGCAGUGACCAGGCAGCAGAGUCAGCCCCAGUUCAGCUGUGAACAGUGCGGAAGUCCCUGCAGGUCCAGAAUCGGACUCCUGCAAGUGGCAGUUCCAAACGACUACCGGGGCCAGAUGUGUGGUCUGUGCGGCAACUUCAACGGCGACCCGGCUGACGACUUCAUGAUACCGGACGGGACUAUUGUCGGAAAUGUAAACAUCUUUGGGAAUAGUUGGCUCACCGAUAAUGAGACUUGUCCAGAAGAUCCCCGACCAACUCAGCCUCCGGACUGUACCGUUGGCGUGCGAGAAUAUGCUGAGUUGGUGUGCGAGCUGCUCAGAGAUGAUGCCGGUCCGUUUGGUGUUUGUCACGACACCGAGAGUCCGGAACGGUUCUACAGUACCUGCGUCUUCGACAUCUGCGGGAGGAACGGAGACAUCAUAGGACUUUGUCAGAACCUGGAGGCCUACGCUAGGGCCUGUGUGCAAGCUGGCGUGGAACCAUUUUCUUGGCGGCCUGAAAACCUCUGCCCCCUAGAAUGCCCAGCAAACAGCACGUACUCCAAUUGCACCAGUCCAUGCCCGGCCACCUGCCUGGACCCGACCGCUCCGGACCAGUGUGACCGUAGCUGUGAAGAGGGCUGUGAAUGCAAUGAAGGGUUCCUGCUAAGUGGACAAGACUGUGUUCUGGAAGAGCAGUGCGGUUGUACUGACGAUGAAGGACGUUAUUUCACGCUCGGAGAACGUUGGGGUGGUGACGGGGAAACCUGCGUCUGCGAAGCGGGAAGUAAAAUCACUUGUGAGGACUGCAAUGAGGGCGACGGCUACGAUUUGGUGCUCAGGAAUAACGUAUGGGAAUGUCGUUGUGUCGAGGACCGCUGUGACGAAUGCACCUCUGAUCCAUGUCAAAAUGGCGCGACUUGCGUAGACGAAGUCGACGGGUACACCUGUACUUGUGUUCCUGGUUAUGAAGGAGUUCACUGUGAGAGAGAUGUGCAAUGCCCGCUGUUGGCGGCCCCAAGCAAUGGAGUGCGGACACCCGCUACCGGAGCCACCUCCUACCAGAGCAUAAUCACCUUCACCUGUGACAGGGGAUACGUCCUAAACGGUGCUGCUACCACGACGUGCCAAGCUGACGGAACAUGGAGUAAUGCUGUUCCAACAUGCGAACCCAUACCAUGCCCUCUGUUGACGGCCCCAACUAACGGAGCACUGAGUCCUGCCGGACCGUACGCCUAUCAGAACCUGGUCACAUUCACCUGUAACCCGGGAUACGUUCUAACCGGCGCUGCUACCACGACGUGCCAAGCUGACGGAACAUGGAGUAAUGCUGUUCCAACAUGCGAACCCAUAUCAUGCCCUCUGUUGACGGCACCAACUGACGGAGCGCUGAGUCCCGCAGGACCGUACGAGUACCCGAACCAGGUCACAUUCACCUGUAACCCGGGAUACGUCCUAAACGGUGAUGCUACCACGACGUGCCAAGCUGACGGAACAUGGAGUAAUGCUGUUCCAACAUGCGAACCCAUAUCAUGCCCUCUGUUGACGGCCCCAACUGACGGAGCGCUGAGUCCCGCCGGACCAUACGAGUACCCGAACCAGGUCACCUUCACCUGUAACCCGGGAUACGUCCUAAACGGUGCCGCUACCACGACGUGCCAAGCUGACGGAACAUGGAGUAAUGUUGUUCCAACAUGCACGCCCGUGCCAUGCCCUCUGUUGACGGCCCCAACUGACGGAGCGCUGAGUCCCGCAGGACCGUACGAGUACCCGAACCAGGUCACCUUCACCUGUAACCCGGGGUACGUCCUAAACGGUGAUGCUACCACGACGUGCCAAGCUGACGGAACAUGGAGUAAUGCUGUUCCAACUUGCACACCCAUACCAUGCCCUCUGUUGACGGCCCCAACUGACGGAGCGCUGAGUCCCGCAGGACCGUACGAGUACCCGAACCAGGUCACAUUCACCUGUAACCCGGGAUACGUCCUAAACGGCGAUGCUACCACGACGUGCCAAGCUGACGGAACAUGGAGUAAUGCUGUUCCAACUUGCACACCCAUACCAUGCCCUCUGUUGACGGCACCAACUGACGGAGCGCUGAGUCCCGCCGGACCGUACGCCUACCCGAACCAGGUCACAUUCACCUGUAACCCGGGAUACGUCCUAAACGGUGAUGCUACCACGACGUGCCAAGCUGACGGAACAUGGAGUAAUGCUGUUCCAACAUGCACACCCAUACCAUGCCCUCUGUUGACGGCCCCAACUGACGGAGCGCUGAGUCCCGCAGGACCGUACGAGUACCCGAACCAGGUCAUAUUCACCUGUAACCCGGGAUACGUUCUAAACGGCGAUGCUACCACGACGUGCCAAGCUGACGGAACAUGGAGUAAUGCUGUUCCAACUUGCACACCCAUACCAUGCCCUCUGUUGACGGCACCAACUGACGGAGCGCUGAGUCCUACCGGACCGUACGAGUACCCGAACCAGGUCACAUUCACCUGUAACCCGGGAUACGUUCUAAACGGCGAUGCUACCACGACGUGCCAAGCUGACGGAACAUGGAGUAAUGCUGUUCCAACAUGCACACCUGUACAAUGCCCGCUAUUGGCGGCCCCAGCUAACGGAAAGCGGAGACCUCGUACCGGAGCCACCUCCUACCAGGACGAGGUCAGCUUUAGAUGUGACAGUGGAUACGAACUGAACGGCGCUGAUUCCACGACUUGCCAAGGUGACGAAACAUGGAGCAACGCUGUUCCAACCUGCACCGACAUCGAUGAGUGCGCAACUCCAACUCCAAGAUGUAGGAACAACCGGGAAUGCGUGAACACUCCUGGUGGCUACGAAUGUGAAUGCAAGGACAACCUCAUUGAGUUUAGAGGCAGAUGCCUGGAAAUGGUUGAGUUCAACAUAGUCACCCGUUUGGUUGAGCACCAGGUGUACCAGGACCUUUUGGAGAAUAACCCCGGGGAGUUCAAAGAUCUUGUCAUCGCCAUUCGUAAGAAGGCCACACGACGUUACCGAGAGGGUAGGUUGACCAUAAAUGAGUUCAGAAACGCGGACAUCCUCGACUUUCUUCCUUAGAAAUCAUCUACAAAAGUCCUACUAUGCAGAGUGGCGAUUAGGACAAGAAGAGGAAGAAAGUCUGGUAUAAAGUCAAAUAUGAAUGCUCAACCAUAUAUAAAGAAGCAAUCAAACGCACACUUUCAAAAUAAAUUUAGUUAACGCUCAUCCUUCGCAGACUUUCGGAGCGGUAGCGGGGUGUUUUUUGGGGGGUGGGGGGGUGGUCGCGAUUUUCACCACGGACUAAGGUUCUGUAUUCCGAGAGGGAGUUGAACGGAGAAGGACAACCUGAGCCCUUGUUGAAAUUGCUAAUCAGCGCUCCCACACAAAAUAAACGCUGCUGUGCUAGAAGUCUACGAAUGAGGCUACUACGUAAGGUUAUACACUAUAAUUAUUUUGCUGUCCAUAGUAUGGAAUAUCAGUUGCAGAACCUGGUGUUUAGAUGACAGGUAUAGCUAAACUUACACAGGGAGAAAGAAGACACCAGAUGGACCAUCACCCAUCUGUAGAUGAAAGGUCCCACUGCUUACAUGUAUUUAUAUCUGAAUGCUUACUUGCUGAUUUUAGCGUUUCAUACAAUUGUAAUUUGUUUUUUUUGAGUGGUCAACUGAAACUGAACGCGGUGUAGUGCUCUUUCGAACUAUUGCUGCUGCUGCUGCUGAUGAUGAUGAUGGAACUAUUGAUGAUGAUGAGGAUGAUGAUGAUAGAACUAUUGCUGUUCAAAUGUAUUUACGCUGGGCUACUUGGACAUAUAAGAUGUAGUUGCUAGAUCGCUAUUUAACAUAAUGUAUAGAGUAUAUAAUCAUAUACAUGCAUGACCCUCCGCCCUGGCGAAGAAUAAAAAGUUCACUGUACGUAUGCACUGUUCUAAAAUGGUGGUAAUAACCGUCUUCUGAAAUUGAAUAAUGGAAUCCGAUCUUUCACUGACACACUUUGUAUUCACCCCUAUUAGUAAAAAAUUACAGCUUCUUGGAUGCUAAUGAAAUUUAUCGCUUUUCAACUAGAAUUGCUAAUGCAUGCGUUGAAUACCAAUAUACAGCUAUGACUGUAUUUAGCCUACUCAGCUUCCACAGUAGGAAUAACAGUUUUGCUUGUAGGUUUUGGACACAGGGAAUAAAAAGGAAGGUCCCAAAUUUCGGUGUCUCUCUUUCUGUGCGUGUGUGUACCUCAUAGGCAACUCAGUAUCACAACAUUUGAAACAUAACUGAUCUUCGCAGUGCAAGCUUUUAUUUAAAAGAAGAUCACGGUUCAUGACGCGUGUCUACUACCAUACUACAAGCCAAUUGAGUUAAUAUUGACCAAACUACUAGCAUCAUACAUGUACGAUGUACGUAACAUGUGGUGUCGGAUAGUGUGCCUGUCCUUAUACAUUGGCCUAAACAAAGAAAUAUAUUGUCACCGGAAGGAAGCCAACAGAGAGUUAUCAAGCUGGUGAUGGCUAAUCUUUGAAAACCAAAUCGAUCUCGAUAGAUGAUAAUGUCAUAAAACUCCUAGCGAUUUGCGGAUAAACU